UAAGGCGUUCACAAACUGAGCUUUGUCUCUCACUUAUUCGGAAGAUAACGUCCGAGACGACCAGGUUGAGAGGGGAGGCCUAAAAAUUCAUUUGCAUAGCGAUGGGCCGUGAAAAUGGGCCGUGAUGCGGUGUUAAAGGCGACAUGAAGCUGCAUAGCGCAGGGAUCCGAUUUGUUGGAGAGUUCAAGAUGGUUUGAGUUAGGGGUGAUGGGGCAGCAGAAAUCUGGAUCCAGUAUAAAAUCCCGUGAGAUUCCUCCUACUGGGCCAGACGGAACCGAUGAAGGCGAUCGCAUCAACCGCAUCCCAGAAUAAGUCGACCGUGAUUGUGAGCUCAUUCAUCAGCAAAGAAUCAGUGCAGGGAAUGAGAAGGAAUUUGAUGCAUGCAUGAAAAUCUAACAGUGGUUUACCACUGUUGGUCUCUUACGCACCGCGUAAUGGAAAGAGCAGGAUAACGGUACUUCAGAGUCUUUUUGCUCCUAAUGGCAGCGGCACCGAAAUAAACGGGACAGCCGUGAACACGUGUUAUUGAGCUAGGCAUUUGUCUGAUCAGAUCGGCGGAAUGGUGUCUUUGAGAUGUCACCGGAGCAAGUAUAUAUGGGCCACUCUGCUGGUGUUGGCGUUGUUGUGGCUCUACAUCUUCCCCGUGUACAGGAUCCCCAGCGACAAGGAAAUGGUGGAUGAGGUUCUGCGGCAGGGACAGACGUGGAGCAGAAACCAAACCGGAGCAGAUCUGUACAGGAAACUGUUGACAGAAUGCUGUGACCCAAAGAGGAUGUUUGCUGUUACUAAGGAAAACUCGCCAAUAGGCAAAGUCUUGUGGUACGAUGGGGAAAUCUACCAUUAUCACACGGUCACCAAUGACACCUACCCAAUCUUUGUUCAGGAUACACCAUUGCAGUUUCCUCUGAAGAAGUGUUCAGUCGUGGGCAAUGGAGGGGUCCUGAAACACAGUGGCUGUGGUAAAGAAAUUGACCAAGCUGAAUUUAUCAUGAGAUGUAACCUUCCUCCUCUGUCCAAAGAGUACACCACUGAUGUUGGUACCAGAACACACCUGGUGAGCGCGAAUCCUAGCAUUAUUGAAAAGAACUUUCAGAACCUACUAUGGUCCCGCAAAUCCUUUGUAGAGAGUAUGAAGGCAUAUGGCUCUAGCUACAUCUACAUACCAGCCUUCUCCAUGAAACCCGGCACUGACCCCUCCCUGCGGGCAUACCACGCCCUUGCAGACUCCGCCUCCAACCAGACUGUCCUGUUUGCCAACCCUGACUUCCUUAAAAAUGUUGGUCGAUUCUGGAGGAACCACGGCGUCCACGGCAAACGCCUGUCCACAGGGUUGUUCCUGGUGAGCCUUGCCCUUGGCUUGUGUGAAGAGGUUACCACUUAUGGUUUCUGGCCAUUUUCGGUGGGACUGGAUGAGCAGCCAGUCAGCCACCAUUAUUAUGACAACAUUCUCCCAUCCUCGAGAUUUCACGCCAUGCCUGAGGAAUUUCUGCAACUCUGGCACUUGCAUAAGAGCGGCACGCUGCGUAUGCAGGUUGGCGAUUGUGCAAAAGAAGGACAGGAACCUAAGAAGGAAAAAUAAGUGGAAGAGUUGCCAGGGCAACUCCGUAUAUCCCCACAGGAACUGGAUGGCCAUACUGUGAUUAGCAUGAGAAUACUGUGGGUUGUGAGGUGAUGCCUCACCCCCAAAGCUGGACCUCUCUUUGGUGUCUAUAUGCUUGAACCUCAACUGCUACCAACACACCCCCAACCUCUUGUUGCCAAGGGACUGUUGUAAAGACUUGCAUGUGUACCCAUUCUCAUGUAUGCACUCACUGGAAGCUUGUUGUGUCUGUUUGUAGAAGUCCUGGGGUGAUGAGGGACUCGGGUGUCAUGUGACCCAUUUAAACUGCAUCCACCAGCAGUUGGACUUUUGAAUCUAAGGACUAUUUGUUCACUUAAUAUAAAGAGAUUGGGGAAGGGGCUGAUUCAAACAAUGUCUUAAGAACUUUAAAUGGGAACUCUGAGGGAAACUGAGAGCAAUGCUUUGAUCGUUUUUUUUUUUUUUUUUUUUUUGGUCUUGAACACUCUUUCUUUAGAGUUUUGAGGAAAUGGAAUAAGGGAUAAUGAGAAAAUCUUACUCGUAGUGUUCCAUAUAUACAAAUCAGUGUGCAAAUACAGGUUUAGCCUCGAAAAGGGAAGUUGGUAAUUGAAUGUACAGCCACAGAAAUAAAUCCGGUUUCAAAAAUUUGAGACCGGUUUAAAAAGAAGGCUGCAGUUCACGUAUUAUUGCGAGUAUAAUUCUAGUUUUAUUUAUUUUUGACAUUUACUGAAGUAGGACAUUAACUGAGAACCACCUUGUCAGUCUAGAUCAGUCAUGAAACGAAUUUCUACCAUGACCAAAGUGUUUUGUCAAGCUUAGAGUGGGAAAUCAUGGGUUGAGAGACCACAUCUAGUUGGAAGACUUCCACAAAACGGAUGGAGGCCCAAAUUCUGUAGAAGAUUUGUUUGUGUACCAAUGAAAAAAGUAUGGGUUCGCUGUGACUACUGUGGCAGUAUCUUUAAUUAUUAUUUGUGUUAAUUGUAUGUGUUUGAAUUCAGUCAUUAGAUAUAACGAAGUGGUGCAAUGAUCCCACAUGGUUGAAGGGACACCAAUUAUUCGAUGAGCAUUUUUUGGCCUGUUAAGGUGCUGGACACCUGGUCCGGAACAUGUAAAUACUCAAUUAUCAGUUUUGUUACAAUUUCCAUAAGAAUCAUGUUUUUUCUGAAUGUAUUGGCAGCCAUUUUGGUAGUCUGCCCAGUAACUUGUUUCCUUGACUUAUUUUUGUUGUUGUUGUAAACUGCACACAGGGAAUUAGGUUUAAAUUUGUUGGUGCUAGAUGUAACACUUCAGCUUAGUCUUAAUAUGUCAUCACGGUCAGACAGUUGUAAUAGGUACGACUGGUAGGAGGAUGCACUAUUAUGUUGAUUUAAAGCAAGAGACCUCAGUAUUUAUAUGGUAAGUUCACCCCAAAAUGACAAUUGUUGUCACCUAUUCACCCCAUGUCAUAAAACCUUUGAUACACAAGUUAAGAUAAUUUUAAUGAAACCUGAGAGUUUUGAGAUGGUUUUGAAAUGGUUCAUGCUUCAAAAAUAAAAAAGCCAUUGUAAAAGCAAUCAAGCAGUUUAAUCCAAGCAUUUUAAAGAGGCAUAAAGAUUAAAGAUAUAUAUAUAUAAAGAUUGAUCAACGCACAUGUGCACGUGAGUAUCUCAAAUAUGGUAAAUGGAAGCCUAACCAUAUUUUUGUGAUGGAUGAUAACAAACCUCAUUUGUUUUUGUUUGAGUUUUCUGAGGCAUCAAAGUUUUAGUGUAAUGGACUUUAAAAGGAAGGACAUAAAUCUCUCAGAUUUGUCUUAUGGAUUUGGAAGGACAUGAGGGUGAGUAAAUGACAGAAUUUUUUAUUUUAAGGUGAACGAUUCCUUUAAUGGGAAAACAGUUGCCUUUAAAUACCAUUUAAAGCAGGUGUGUUAGCAUUCAGGUAGCUAGCUGUAAGACAGCUUCGCAAGAUUCUCCUACACUAAGGCGUCCCUCGUGGCAAAAUUUAGAUUGUGUUCUUGAAACUGAUUGAAAUGUGUUCUGACAUUUUUUGUAUAGUUGUUGUUGUGUAUUAGUGCAUUAGCGUAGGGAAGCUAGACUAUGAGCUAUGUAAUGGUUGAAUCUCACAAAAUACAUAACCAGGUCACAUUUCACCCCAGUGAAGAAGGAAAAUGACAAAUCCGCACAUUUCCCGUCCAUGUUCUCAUUAUCGUAAUGUGUUGGUAAAAAUCAAAAACUAAAAAAAAAUAUAUGGGUUGAAUAAAAUACAGUAUAACAAAUAAUGGAGCAUAAAUGCUUGUGCUUAGUUCCAGAAGUAUUAGUCACCAUGAAAAAAAAUGGGGUGAACUCUGACCCGGAGUUGUUCUUAGCAGGUUUUUUGAGACUCGCUUUGAAAGCAAAAGAAAUGUGUGCUCUCAUUUGAGUAUUUCCAGAAAUUUCCAUUACCAUAUUUUCACACUUUAAGCCAAUGAGUGCCUUUAUCAGUAUUAAAAAGGCUAUGGACAUAAUUUUAUCAAAGACAAGUUUUUAAACAAAUCUAAGGAUUAUUUAUUUUUUCCCCAAACUCAGACUGAAAUAACCUCACAGAAUUGUUUUCAACCAAGGCUGAUGUGUAGACAUGUGGAAAGACCUAUUGAUUUAAUAAUUUAUUAUGAUUUAUGAUAAGUGAAUGGAUGCAAGUUUAAAAAUAGCUAGCACACGGUUGUAGAAGGACCAACGUACAUUACUGUAAUAUAUUUAAAUUGCUUAAUUGGCAGAAAACCACUUUAGCUUAACUUUUUAACUUUAGCAGACAUGAAGCAUGGGGAAAGUGUUAAAUGCUGGAGCUGAUGAUUAUAUUUUUCUUUGCACCCUUUUGUGCUGUUCAGUAUUGUGAAUGAGUGAGGUAGUUUGUAAGUAGGCAUGCACGACUUUGAUGUGUAAUUGGUUUUUGAAACUGAUUUUGAGUAAGAAACUCACAAACAAUUAUGUAUUUUGCAUUCCACCCUUUGAGCCAUAUGAGGGUGAAUGCCCUGUUGAAACUGAACUUACCUCAACUUUACUGUUCAUUGAUGAAGCUCACAGGAGCUUGGAUCUUAGAUACAUUUUACUCCACUAAACUGUAAAUGUGUCCUAUCAUGUCAAUCUUCUUGGCUCAAGCAUUUGGUGUUUGUACUUGAGCAUGGCACAAUCUAUUAACAAUAAACAGGAACAGAGCUGAACGUUGUUUACGUGCCACCUGGGUUAUGCCAGUAUUGAAAAUGUGAUAAGAAAAAAGAGCCUACAGACUUUCAAACAAUAAAGAUGUCCUGUCAACUCA